AUGGUGGGGAUCGGCGCCGCUUCUCGCCAGACGUGGUUCCUCUCCAGUCCUCGCACUGUAGAAGAGAUCUUCAAGGAAUACAGCGCCCGGCGCACUGCCCUCGUCCGCGCCCUCACCAAUGAUGUGGAUGAAUUCUACUCGCUCUAUGAUCCAGAAAAGGAGAAUUUGUGUCUAUAUGGUCACCCAAACGAAUCAUGGGAGGUGGCUUUGCCCGCCGAGGAAGUUCCUCCAGAGCUUCCUGAACCAGCCUUGUGCAUUAACUUCGCUAGAGAUGGAAUGAAACGCAAGGACUGGCUGUCUUUGGUGGCUGUGCAUAGUGACUGUUGGUUGCUCUUUGUGGCCUUCUACUUUGGUGCUCGACUUAACCGCAAUUAAAGGUACUUUCUUUUUGCCUGCACUUGCUGAAGAUUGUCAUUGCAUAUGCAUCACACUCAAAAGAUCUGUUGAGGUCAGUAUUGUGAUUCUGGGUGCCCUAUGUCCCAACUCAACAAGGCAACCAGUUAAUCACGCAAUUAAGAGAUACCAACAUAAAUUUAAUGGUGCUAGCUUAUUCUAGUAAAAAAGCCAUUCUGCAAUCU